CGGGUGCAGUGAUCCAAGCCAUUGUGUUGUUCCAUGGCUCGGUUUCAUCGGUGAGCGAGGAACCACCAGUCGAGGAGGAUCAGUCACGCAAGGUGGAGCACAAUCGACUGGAAGUGGACCACUUUCCCUCCAUCCCACCUCAAGGCUACUUCCAUUCCUUGUGGCUGCUCUUGAAGGGAGUAUAAUUACCGGAUCGUUGGGAGAGGGAUACAUACCUAAGUACGUGCCUACUUGAGUCUAUUGAUCAUGUAUGAGAGAUACCCCGUCCCCUUGGGCGUCCUAAUUCUCGGACUCUUCGUUUGCACCUGGGCUCAAGAGGAAUCCUCGACCAUGAACACUGGGUCCGUAAUGCCAAAUAACUCGACGGAACCCGUGCCCCAUUUCCUGAAACAUGGCGAGAGUUAUGCCGGCCAAACUGCGGACACAAUUCUCUCACGAACCAUUAAGACUGUGGCACUGGCCUUGACCAUUGACAAUUGGAGCAAGUGGGCUCUGAUUGAUCCCUUCUUUGAUAUCCAAUGUGGAGAGUUGGUGAGCUCUCUCUCCAAACAGAAUCAAAGGGAUCCCGUCCAGCUGAUUAAACCGGGUUACAGCGAAAUGAUGCUCUUCGAAAAAAAGUCCGGCAUCUCUGGUGUGUGCGGGGUGGUGACUAUAGGUUUGGAGGUUCCACCCAAAGAAGAUCCAGAAUACAUCCAAAUCAUGUUCAGUGUGCCAUUUAGUCUGAGCGUGCGUGGUUCAUACUUGGCAGUGGGCAUUUCUCCGAUUCUCAUCAACGCUACGGGUUUGUUCAACUCAUUCUACUAUUACGACGAACUCACAUUUGAGCGCCAAGAGUCUGGCAAUCUUGUGGAGUUUGCAUCAGAUCGAGGAAUGUUCUCAGUGCCCAGCAAUAUUUCCAUUCAUGCCCGAGAACACAAACUACCCACACGGGAAGCUCUUCGAUGGUGGAUUGACAGUUUUUGUGUGCCUCACCCUGCAGACAGCACGAAUAUUGAGCGGGAAAUUCAAAACAAUUCCUGGGACAGACAUCAAGAGCAGGCAAUAAUAGGAAUUUCCAAGUCCCUAAAGCAAAAGUAAUUGAGAUCUUCAGUGACCCAGUGACCUGGAACUCUGGCACAAUUUCCAUGGCAAUGAAAUGCAUUUUCUGUUCCAACUUAGAGCCCACUCCCAAGGGAGCAACUCAGAGCGUUGACUAAUGGCACAAAAUUGCACUCUAAUAGACCCCGUGGUUUCCAAAGACGCCCUCUCAUCGUUCAAACCAAUGGAACACCACAAAUGGCUUGGUCUAAAUCAAAAAAACGGAAUUAUCAGAGUUUCACCAUAGCAUUAGAAUACAUGGGAACAGCAUUUAGGUUUGAUGACUGAGACAAAAAUAUUUGGCUUAUCCCGUUAUCAUCGAUUAAACUUGGCCUAGAAACAUGGCUAUGAUGAAGGAACGGCAACAAAUCACGAACAAGAGACCAGCCAUGCACAUUUAUAAUAACCUCAAAACAAAACUAAUCUUGCGCUAAUCUAAGACCUUUAUCAACGAGGAAACAAAUUCAAGUUUAAGUUCUACAAGAAAGUAACUAUACCUGUGAACUUUCCAUGUUCACUUUCAUAACUAAGGGUAGGCAACUCUUGCAAAACUCAUUAACAAGCGCAAGGAAACACCUUUUCAAAUAGUUUCCAAGAUCAACCCGAAAAAUGUAACUUGAUGACCAUGAAAACUGCCAAACCCAAGUAGUCUGAGGCGGUAUUGUUGCCUGCAGUAUGUCACUACAUCACCUUGUCGUUAGUAGAGUAUGGAACUUGGCAGUCGUCGAUGGUGGUGGUGGUGGGAAAAAACUUUAUGAACUUCUCUCCGAAGAAUGAUCGAGGAGGUCUUGGGGGAAACAACUUUAAGGACACCAAUGAGCCAACACACCAAGGCCACCAAACUAUUGGCUAACUUCUUCUUCUUUGAAGAGCAUGCCGAGUUUUCAGGCUUGGUCCACAUAUUUCUUCUCUAGCAACCACCACCACUCCUUGUCAAAACAAAAGACAACACUUGAGGCUGACUUCGGGGUCCGAGUAUCAUGCCAGUUUAUAGGGGAUAUGAAGUGAUUCAAACUAGAGGGCUAAUUCAAACCACUGAGCAAAGCAAUCAGCUGACGUGAUUCAAUGGAGUAAAAAUAUAGACGAGAUGCUUAGCCAACUUGUACCAUGGUUAGGCAACUCUUCUAAUUAUUGAUCACUUAAUUAGCUCACGAUGCUCGCUGGUCAUGAUUUUUGUCUUUGACUUUCUUCCACGGGUGAUGACGACAACAAUGUCCCAAAUUAGAGCGCCAAAGUUGAUUUUUUAACGCUUUUCCUUCACUUUCCAAGAAUGUUAGUACAUCUGCUAUAUGAUAAGGUUCCAUGAUUGAAACGACAAAUAAAGGGUACUUCGGAUUUAACGGCCAUUGCUGAACAAGAAAUCUGAAUGCCAAAGGCGAAUUUAUUUCUUUGUAAUUACAUCGCCUGAGAACAAGGUUGCGGGAUAAUUCGGUGAAUAUUUGGUGCAAAUUCAUCGCCUGUGUAUAAUUGCAGCUUUAGGGUGCGAUGUGGUCCUGUUACUGCUUUUUUAAGAUCCACUUUCUCCACCUUGCACUAGUAGGUGGAUUUAUGAGGGAACAAUUUUCAUUGCAUCCACAGUAUUUUCUAACUCUGAAGUCAAAUGCAAGACAUUUGUGAAAGCAAAGAAGAAAUAUCACAUAUCCCAAAAAAUGUGUCAAAACAAACAUCUUGAUUAUCAUCCCUCCUUUUAUAGCAGGAGUGAACCUUUUACUGUUAACCUUGAGAAGUGAGAGGAGAACAAGGAUCUGACGCCGUUUAAUUAAGCUUAAGCGAAAAAAGUAACUUGUUACCGUUGCCGGUACUUUCCAGAAAAAGUGACGCGUUACCGUUGCCGUUACCCGUUACUUUUGCUGAAAUAGAGGGACUAAAACUGCAAAGAAAAACCGUUUUAACGAUUUUUAAACGUUUAGUAAAUAUGACGCGAAACAAAUGACUCGCCUUAUAAUUUAUUUGAUCCCGUCAGUGGCAAGUACGUCCUUCCCUUUGAGAGGGAGUUUGAAAAAAAUCGGUUAGGAAUCCUUUGCGCAUAUUUCUUUCUUGCGUUCAUUAAAGAAGAAAGUAGCGGUAACGGGAGGGCUAAAACCCCGUUCCGUUACCGUUGCUUUUUCAGAAAUGUAACGCCUUUCCGGUAGCGUUACUCAAAAAGUUACGCGUUACUCAAGCCCUGUUGAUAAGGCAAUCACCGGUUUUAAAUCAAAAAUAUCUCCAACACCUUCAGAAUUAAAAGUAAUUCUUGACCUCCACAUAAUCGGAUUGUAUUUGAUUACGUUUAAACGCAAAGUAAUAUCAAUUGUAAUUCUUACAUGUCUGCCCAACACAUACUUAUUGUUUUUUUUUGGAACCAUAUAUAGACAGGGUUUCUCCAUUGAAAGCAAGUUUCAUUGAACCGUAAAAGAUUCACCGGCCACAUAUUUACAGUAUUCGACUUGAAUAGUGUUCUCUCCGGGCAUGAAUGGACAAGUGAAUGAACAUCUGCAGUGAAAAUCCGUGGCACCAUGACUCCCGACACGUACAAACCCGUGCUAAGUGUGGUUGUGCUUCCCGUCAAUUCCAAUGAUACUUUCCAACCAGGCGAGUACUUCUCACCACGCCUCCAGAACGACGGAUGCAGACCUUU